AAAAAAAAAAAAGUUCGAAAAUUUAAUUAUUUCUUUUUAAAUUAUUUUAUUUUAUUUUUUAAUCGAAUCUCAAGUAAAAAUCAAAAAAAAAAAAAAAAUCGUAACGAAUAUUACCUUAUAUAUUAUUUUUUUUAACAAAGUUUGUUAUCAUUAAAAAAAAAAGAGCAAGUUAAAAGAAAAAAAAAAAAAAUUUUAAUAAUGGGACCUGAAAUGUCAGCUAAAUUUAUCAAGCAUUUAUUUUUUAUACAAAUUCUCAUCAUGAUAGGAAUAGGAAUAUGUGAGGUAGUACAAUUGGCGGAAGUUAAUAAGUCUCAACAAGAAGUUAUUCAACAUCCGGAAGAUUGGGACUACUUGUUUGGUUACACAAAAAGCAUAGCUACAAUUUUUAUAAGAAUAUAUUAUUGGAUUAUUAUACUUGUUUCGUUCGGAAUUUUAGGAUGGGCCUUGGAUUCAUUUAAUAGAAGAUGGAAAAAUAUUGAAAAUUAUAGUGAUAAUUCAAAAAAUGUAACGUUGCUUAUACUAUGGUGUUUUGCAAUUAUACCAAGUGUAACCAUUUUAGCAAGAUCAGAUAAAUUGAGAACAUGUUCCGAAUCAUCCUAUUCAUACACAGUGUCAGCAAGAUUAUUAAGUCAUUGUAACGCAUAUUUGGCAUCACUGUUUCUUGCAUAUAUAUUUAUUAUAACAGUGAUAAUUCAAUUAUUAUUUAAUUUCGUUGUAAUUAAACAUCAAAAAGAAAUUAGUAUGAAACCACCACCAAAUUUACAAGAGCCAAAGAAAAUUAAAGUUAGAAGAAGUAAACGUGUGGCUAAAAAGAGAAAUAGUUUAAGAUCGAUUUCUGCUUAUUCUGCAAGUACAAGAUUAAGUAUUGUCACCGAAGAUGAUGAAGAAAAAAGUAAUAAAAGUAGUAGAAGUAUUAGAAGUAGUAGAAGUACUAAAGGUGCCAAGAAAGUUAAGAAUGAAGUCAGUCCCGAGAUGAGUGUUAAUGAAAAUGUUUAAAGAUUUAAUUUAAUUUUAUGUAAAAAAGUGAAAAAGUUUAUUAGGAACAUUUGGUCUCUUUUCUUUUUUUCAUUAGGUGGUUUGGGUUUGUUUAAUUAUUACUUUUCUUUUUAUUAUAUAUAUAAUAAUAAUUUUUUUUUUUUUGUUCUUUUUUUUUUGUGAAUUCAUUUUUUUGCAUUUUUGCAUUAUUUUUAGAUUAGAAAGUUUC